GCUGCUGCACAAACUCUGUUCUGGACUUCCUCAUCCCUCAGAAUUUGGGAAGCAGAUGCUGCUGCAAAGGGAAGGUUAAGCUGUUAGGAUCCCCUUCUUCACCUUGCACAACUCUGGGAUUAAAAGAAACGAAAGCAUCCAGUUCCUCACUCUCUUUCCUCCUCUUUCUCUGCUGGGAGACAAUGAAGUUUUUCAAGGGGGGUCCGAUCUGGAUGAUCUUCCUCCAUUGGCUGCGUGUGUGCAACGGGGAAGGCUUCCUCAUCAAGAAUGUCCGCCUAGGAAAAUGUAUUCACGUCUCUCUGCAUGAAACAGAAAGGAUCGGCCUGUCGGAUUGCAAAGCGCACUCCCAGCUUUUCUGGUGGGGCUGGGAUGUAGCUGCCAGGGCCAUUGUCAGCCUGAAAACCAGGCAGUGCUUGACGGUCCACAAGCCUGAAGAAUUUGCAGCUGCUCAGCUAGAGCCCUGCGGGGGCCACGUGCACCAGGCCUGGGGAUGCAGCAAGAAGGGCCACCUUACUCUGCAGGGCAUGGGUCUGCACCUCAGCACACAGCAAGGAGGACACAAGGCCUUCCUCUCCCGAGAAAAGGACAAGUUCAGCAGAUGGAAGACCUGGAUGGAUGAAAUCAUCUGCACCAGAGACCUGCCUGUUGCUCCGGGGCCGAGCUACCCGACAGAGAAGUCUGUAGUCCCCUGGGAGCGGGUUCUUCAAACUAAAGUCAUCACUUCUGCAAAGACCCCCACCCUCCCGGGAGACCCCACAACCACCUCUGCAACCCCCACUUUGGAAACGGAGCCUGACGCCACCAGCGCUCUCCCAAGCACAGAAGAAAUUACCAUGGAACCCGAAGUGGAAAAGCACACUCAUUUUAAAAAGCAUGCCGGCAAUCAAAAGAAGACUGCGAGUGCCCACCAUCCAGGUACCAACUGGAAGACGGUGAUGCUGGUCCUGAGCCCGCUGGCCUUUAUACUGGGACUGGUCAUACUGGCCCUCAACAUCCACUACAACAAGAAGAAGAAGACGACGAUGCUGUCUGCUCUGAAAAGACGCCCGGACAAAAGCCACCAGGGGAGCUAUGAGGAGCGGCUGCCCUUUUCCAGUGCCAGCCACAAGACGCAGAUCAUCCCGUCUUCUCCCUCCCCUUCUCUGAAGCACGGGGAGAUACUUAUUGAGUGGAAAGAUGGGACGAUCACCCCGCUUUUUGACCACAUGAACUAUCCAAUAUGCUAAAUGUUGCUUGAGCCAAAUGGAUUGCUUUCAAGGCAACACCUUACGACAGGACCUUUACGAGGCACUUCUAUGAAGCCUCCUUCAUUCGACUAACAGCCUGGGCGAGAAAGCAGGUAACAAGCAUUCUCACAUGUGGCCAUUCACGUUUGCUACACUGACACAUGUAAGACUUCUGUUUCUCCAAAUGCCUAACUGAUGCUCAGAUUUCUCCAGUGUGCUUGGGACAUUGCCUGCAUCUUGCUUGCAACAUUGAGGUGGUAUAGUCCUCUGGAGGGGACUCUCCCACCUCAGUUUAACGCAGGAAAGCAUUUGCCUUGGAUCGCAGGAGUUCCUGUAUGAGGCAGAAGGCUGGUUUUUAAUCGGGUGAUGUGCCAUGAUAAAUCUGGAAGUACAGCCUCCCCAGAGAGAUGAUACAGCUGCAGGACUGCGGGCCUAAGCCCACCGUGUGCCUCCACAGGACCUCUUAUCCCUUUGUGAUUCUUCCCUCCCUACAAAGGGCUCAGUUAGCAUUGCGAGGUUAUGGGGAACCCUGUACCUCUGCCUCCAUGGAACAGGUGGAGGUGUGUGCGAGUUAUCUGUGGGCCCCAAAAUGGUGUGGGUGGCUGGCUUUUUUUGUAAAGCCUCCCUGCCUGGUCUCCUGGGUGGUAUUUCUUGCCACCCCAGGUAAUCAAGGAAGUGGCUUAUUUACAAUCCUGUCUCAAUAGGCAGGUCAGAGUCCUUGGGAACGGUGCUGCUGAAAUAAACCAGCUACAUUUCCUUUCUGGGAGGCUAACAGAAUCAGUACAAGUGAAAUGCGAUGACCUCACAGUUUUCCUACAGGGGAAGAGAUAAAGUAUGGCGGAGGGACUGGCCAGGAUUGAGCAGCAGGGAGGGGACAGAGAAUUGCCAGUGGGCCUGUGUAGCAGGUUUUCCGAGGACAAGAUGGUGCUUCUUAAACCUUGCGCAGUAUUAAUACCAGCCGGACAGAACGGAAGCCUGAAAGAGCAACGUUAAGCGUCUCCUGUGAGAGGCCCUGCUGUACAAACACAAUCCCAGCAUGUGUCAGACUGUAACACUGCUCUUUGCUUUUCGGGUCUGUUUCGGAUGCUCCUAACUCACCUUGACACCCUCCCCAGCAGUCGCUUGUGAUCAACCUGCGCCUUCACCUAA